AUGGAUACUAUGUAUCUGAAACCAGCAGCCGCGGUUAAAGGGUGGUUACCGAUUCCGAUAGCUGUUAUACCGUCCUUCAUGUUUGGGAAAUCAUUAGCGGUUAGUUCCAAACCGGCUGAUCUAAGUCUAGACAAAAGAUACUUAAUUGAUGUUGGUAGUAAGAGAGUGGAGGUAAGAAGAAGAAGGAGAUCAGGAGAUGAAGAAGAAAAGGCCUGGAAUUGGAUGCUUAAAGUUUUGCAGUCUAGAGAAGAAUUCAGAAGCAAGGUCGACCUUGAUCAUAAUGAAAAUGGCGAGUGCGAAUUUUGCAUGAUUAAUGACGAUGAAGAAGAAUUUGACAGAGCUUCAUUCUCGAAGCUACUUCGAAGGGUUUCAUUGUCAGAAGCUAGACUGUACGCUCAAAUGGCAUAUUUAGGACACUUGACUUACUCCAUUCCCAACAUCAAGCCAAGAAAUCUUCUCAAACUUCAUGGUCUGCGUUUCGUGACGUCGUCAAUGGAGAAGAUGAAGAAGAAACUAGCUAGCUUAGAAGAUGAGAAAGAAGAAGAAAACCUAAAUUCGUCAUUGUUUGAGGGUGAAAUGCUGAAGAACAUGGGGAAUCAACUAAGUGGUUAUCAGAUUGCCGCAUCUGCAGCUUCAUAUUUUCAUGCUCAAACGAUCAGCUUCAUUCCAAAUAUCUCUUUCCCAAAGACAAAGACAAAUCCAAACAGAACAUCAGAUGUAGAAGCAAACAACAUGCUGAAUGAAACUGUAAUCAGCAAAGUAACCGCCGUGGUUGCUUCCGAGGAGGAAGUAAAGCAAGCCUUAGCAGAUGAUUUGACAUCAGAAUGGUUCAUAUGCGACGAUGAUCAGAGUCAAACCCGAUACUUUCUCAUUCAAGGUUCCGACUCUCUAGCAUCAUGGAAAGCCAAUCUCCUAUUUGAGCCAAUUCAAUUCGAGGGGUACGAUGUGCUUGUCCACAGAGGAAUCUACGAAGCAGCGAAAAGAAUCUACAAACAAAUGUUACCAGAAAUCCGUCUUCACUUAAAACGUAAUGGAAACCGAGCCACUUUCCGUCUUGGGGGUCACUCUUUAGGGGGGAGUCUUUCUGUUCUAGUGAGUCUCAUGUUAAUCGUAAGAGGUCAAAUUCCAUGUUCUUCACUACUUCCUGUUGUAACAUUUGGCUCGCCAUCUAUCAUGUGUGGAGGAGACGCGUUGCUUAAGGAGCUUGGACUCCCCCGAAGUCAAGUCCAGGCUAUUACACUGCACCGAGACAUUGUGCCCCGAGCAUUCUCAUGUAGAUAUCCUACUCGUAUCACGAAGCUUCUCAUGGCUGUUAAUGUUAAAUUCAGGAACCUUCCUUGUCUACAUAACCAGAAUCUGUUGUAUGCCCCAAUGGGGGAAUUUCUAAUUCUGCAGCCAAGCGAGAAAUUAUCACCUAGUCAUGAUCUUCUUCCUGCGGGGUGUGGUCUAUACAUACUAAGAUGUUGUGAACCGGUACAUGUAACCGAGGUAGAUACUAAGAUCCGAACUGCUCAGUACAAGUUCUUGAAUUCACCACACCCACUUGAGAUCUUAAGCAAACGCUCCUCAUAUGGCUCUGACGGGACCAUUAUGAGAGAUCAUGACAUGAAGAUUUACAUGAAAUGUAUCAGGCAAGUGAUCAGCCAGGAGCUAAGAGAAAUGAAGAAGGCAGAAACAAGCCCACAUCCGCUAGUUUGGUGGCCUAUUAACACCAGCCAAGAACAUUCCUCCUACUUGUUAGAUGUUUUACAAGCAUGGAAAGAAUCAUUGUCCUUGAUUAUAUCACAACACAAGCAUCUGUUUGUGCUGCUUUUGUUCCCAUCAAGGCUACUAAGUUUGUGAUUUCCUAU